UUACUUUUGUAAUAAUACCACUUUGUACUUGCUUCUUACUAGCCGUACCCAACGCGAUGUUGGGUUUUCACAAAACUAUGUCCCUUUAUUGCGUGCUAUUGCUAUGCUUAGUGUCGCGUUUAACUGAAGCAGCUGCCGUGGAUAGCCAGAACAUUGUAGAAGGCACAGGUACAGUGAAUACAGUAUGUUUUAACGGAUUGGGAUGCCUGGACUUCAAACCUAACCUGAAUGCGGAAAAUGAAGAACCAAUGCAAGUGUUCGAGCUUUUCACCAGGAAGAAUAAAGAAAAUGAUCAGGGUCAGAUGCUGGACGUUAAAUUUACUGAAACAAUAACAAACUCAAAUUUUCAACCGAAAAAUCCUACAAAGAUCCUUAUCCACGGUUGGAUGUCCGAAAAAGAAGACAUGCGGUCAUGGAUGCCGGAUUUUAAAGAUGAACUGUUAAAAAAUUCCGACUCAAAUGUCAUAUUCGUACAAUGGAAAAGUAGCCAAAUCUGGUACCCUACCUCGGUACAACAACUUAAAGGCGUAGCAAACGAAACCGCUAUUCUAAUCAAAUAUUUAAAGAACCACCUGGGACUAGAUCUGACAAAUGUCCAUCUGAUAGGACACAGUUUAGGAGCGCACACAGUCGGUUUUGUUGGCAAACACCUCCAAGGGCAAGUAGGCCGCAUCACAGGGCUUGACCCUGCCGGACCGGCGUACUACAAUGCGCCCCCUGCGAAUAGGCUUGAUUAUACGGAUGCACAAUUCGUAGACGUCAUACACACGGGUGGAACAAGCAGGCUUUUUGGACUAGGUUUAAGAAAGGCUAUUGGCCACAUUGACUUUUAUCCGAACGGCGGUCAAAAGCAACCGGGAUGCUAUAAAAAACAGGACAAGGGAGGUUUUAUGGCACCAGCGACUGAACUCUUUUGUACCCACAUAAGAGCCCUGCAAGUAUUCUACGAAUCUAUUAACUCAAAAUGCCCGUUCGUUGCAAACAAAUGCGAUUCAUAUGAGGAUUUCCAACAGGGUAAAUGUUUUUCAACUAACGAAACAGAUUUGAACAUAAUGGGUAUGAAUGCAACAAAACCUACUCAUCCUCCUGGUACAAAGUACUUCUUAACCACGGGAAUGGUCUCGCCGUAUUGCAGAAAGCAGUAUAAGGUCAAAUUGAAUUUAGCUAAACCCUUAGGAUAUGCCCUAAACGACAACGAUUUAAUUAGCAAUUCAGAUGCGCUACAAAAUGUCGACGAGACAACGGAUCCAGACAGUCUUGUGAUCAUCCAACCUUCCGAUAAAUGAGAAACGAAGGAGUUCUGCAGGGACGAUAUUAUAACAAGAUUUUGUAACAGUAUAGCGACAAAAACUGAAGAAUAUGAUACUAGAUAGGAUAUAAAACAUUUUUUUGCAAUAGUAAAAUUAGAAAAAAUAUUAUAAAUAUAGUAGUGUGUAAUAAAGUUAUUGAUGGACAGUU